AUUGGCUAAUUUUUACGGCCACCCUAAUUUGAUUAUAAGUAAAGGUAAAAAAUCAACAAAGUAUGAAAAGCCAAACUUGGGCCAAUUAACUGUUAGAAGAAGUUGAACCAUGGCACAGGCCCAAGUCGCUACAGCUACACCUCUGAAUAAUACACCAAUGGCUAAUACCAAUGGAGUUACUGUGUCAAUGCUCGGGGAAAACAGCUGGAGCGAAUUCUCAAUAGAGGUGCCCUGGGGCACGGUGGAGGGUAAGUGGUGGGGAUCGCGCAAUCGACAGCCUAUACUGGCGCUACAUGGCUGGCAGGAUAAUUGCGGCUCCUUUGACAGGCUUUGUCCGCUGCUACCAGCAGACUGUUCGGUGCUGGCCAUUGAUUUGCCUGGACAUGGACACUCCACUCCAUAUCCGCAGGGCAUGCAGUAUUUCAUCUUCUGGGAUGGCAUUUGCUUGAUACGCCGCAUAGUUCGAAAAUACAACUGGAAGAAUGUUACGCUGAUGGGUCAUUCCCUUGGCGGUGCAUUGACAUUCAUGUAUGCAGCCAGCUUUCCGGACGAAGUACACAAACUCAUCAACAUUGACAUUGCUGGACCAACAGUUCGUAGCGUAAAUCGAAUGGCUCAAGGUACGGGCAAAGCAUUGGACAAGUUCUUGGAUUAUGAAGUAUUGCCAGAGAGCAAGCUGCCCUGUUAUAAGUAUGAUGAAAUGAUCCAACUGGUGCUAGAUGCAUACGACGGCUCCGUCGACGAACCGUCUGUGCAUGUGCUAAUGAAACGCGGCAUGCGUCCCAACAAAGAUGGUUAUCUCUUUGCACGUGAUCUGCGCCUGAAGGUGAGCAUGUUGGGCAUGUUUACGUCGGAGCAAACGCUGGCCUAUGCACGCCAAAUACGCUGCAAGGUGCUCAACAUACGCGGCAUGCCUGGCAUGAAAUUCGAAUUGACCGACUUCUACAAGGAGGUGAUCGAUACGCUGAAGGAGCAUGCAGGACAUGUCGAAUACGUGGAGGUGCCUGGCACGCAUCAUUUGCAUCUAGUAACGCCGGAUCGUGUGGCGCCACACAUAACAAAGUUUCUAAUGAACAAAUAGUUUUGUAAAUUUUAAAUUCAAUUUAUAUAUGUUUAGUUGUCUGCUUAAUUAAGUGCGAGGCUUAUUUUAGUUAAAUUUGUAAGUAAAUGCUGCGAGUAUUAAAUUGUUUACCGCUACUGGGCUAAAUUAAAAGCGUUGUUAUUGACAGCGCCUGUUGCUUAGCAACAGAUACAACA